AUGGAGAUGAGGAAGGAGAAGGCGGCGCUCAGCAGCCAACAGGGCUUAAAUCACUCUCCAUUUCACACACAGGAACACAUGAGAAGGGUUCCUCCGAAGGAACCGCAGGUGACGUGUCGAUCAAACACCUAUCCCAAAGGCUUCUACUGCAGUUGGCACCUUCAGCAUCCGACGUAUAUCCCAACGGACUUCGAAGUCUAUGUCCAACACAACCAGAGGCCCUUGGAGGUGACAAGGGAUGAAGUUCAUAAGAACAGAUGUCAUGUGAAGUUUCCAGAACUUUUCUCCAGCUUUCCUUACCGGGUCAACGUCACGGCAGUGAACUCCCUGGGUCGAGCUUCCAUUGUUUUUUUACUAGUGGUGCACUACCACUUACAUCGAGGUCUCUUUGGUCCAACAGUGAAACCUGACCCCCCUGAGAAGGUGGUGGCUAAACCCGUCGCCAACAAUGCACGGAGACUAGAGGUGACCUGGAACAGUCCCAGUACGUGGCCCGAUGUGGAGACCUUCCCGCUGAAGUACUUCCUGCGCUACCGGCCGCUCAUCCGAGACCAGUGGCAGCACGUGGAGCUCUCUGACAGCAUCUCCCACACCAUUACGGAUGCCUACGCAGGGAAAGAGUACAUCAUCCAACUGGCGGCCAAGGACAUGGAGAUCGGCACUUGGAGCGACUGGAGCGUGGCGGUCCACUCCACCCCCUGGAUGGAGGAACCCAAGCCCAUCACCUCCACCACCGAGAGCGACAUUAUCCCAGAAACCACCCCUGGACCGCCUUCAGCCGCACCACGAGUGGGUGAACCCACAGCGGCCUGUUCCACCCUUCUCUGGUCAACCCACCUCCUCCUGGCCUGCGUCCUGCUGUCCAUCAUGUGAUGUGUAAGCUUCAUUCCUGUGGAAAAAAAAAUGAGGAGUCUUCUAUUUCUAUUUUGCACAUGUUAAUAGAUAUCGUGCAUUGAUAAUUUAAUUCAAGUUAUUUUUCUCACGAAAGAAAAAAAGACCUAGAAAGAUUUAUAAACGCUGACAUUUUCAAAAGGAAGACAAAAGAACAAUAAAACAUUUCGACAUCUCUGACGAUGACAGCUGAUGGAAGACCAGACACAGACACAGGAACCGAACCCCAGGGGAGCAAAAGAUUUGGGGACACGGGACUCACCUGCCUGGCAAGAAAACAAACAAACAAAACAAAACAAAAUGCAUCCACCUCAUUUUUGUUUGUCACAAGAUUUUUCACCCUAUUUCGAUCAUUCAAACUGUUCCAAGGGCAGAAAAAGCUCAUUUUGUGUAACAUCGAUUUCCACGACAUACAGCUAACUCAUCAUGCCAAAGACUUGGACUGGUUUUUCUUCUUUCCCAUGAUCCCUAGCUUCCCCAAGCCUGUGUCUGUAAGGGAUUGAAACUGGCAGUACGAAAUCUUCACGAGCAUCAAAGACUGAGGAGUAACAUUUAUUUUGAAGGCCAUCAUUUGAUAUCUGUUGUAUUCUUUUUGUUUACUUAUUUUUCUUUUAUCUUUUUUUUUGGCCCCUGAACACAGAGAAGUUGAAACUGUAAAUAACAAAUUGGUUUGGACUGUUCUGGACCGCCUUUUGUAACAGGAAGAACAAUGUGUCAUGUCAGACCAUCUGAAGAUUAAGCACCGUCCAGAAACAUCUUUUCAUUCUUUUUGCCUUUCACCAUCUGUUUUUGCAGACUUUUCUAGUCAGUAUCACAAUUUAAUACUACCUUCUUCAAGAAAUAUUAUUUUGCUUUGUUUUGGUUAUCAUUGAAUAAAAUAUAA